GCGGAGCCCCGUAGUCGCAGUUGGAGUUGUGUAUGAUACAUAUAUUAAUAUCGUCUGACACCGUAAUUAGCCUCUCGCUCGGCUGAUCACUCGUUGAGGCCGUGUUAAGGCCGUGUGCGCGUGUGCAUCGGGUCGCCCGACAGACAUUAAGGUAGCUGCGUUUCACUAAGGAAGCCAUGCGUGCCCUGGCAAUCACCCUGGCCUUGGGCCUGGCCCUAUUGGCCGUCCCGACGACCGCGGUACUGCAGCAGAGCGUCAUUACCCGUUGGGUGUACGCAUCUCAGAGCGUGGCUCGCUCGCUGGCGCUGACCAACCAGGUCACGUCGCGCCUGUACGCGCAAGUGAGUAUCUCGCAGUACGACGCCUACAAGACGUCGCUGCAGUUCAAGGUGUCCAAAAAGUCGCCCACGGCGCCCAACCCCGACCUGGCCGCGGCCUACGCCGCGCACGCCGUGCUGGCCCGCUUCGCUCCGCAGCUGGCGCCCAACCCGCUGGACAACCUGCUGCUCGCCGAGGUGGUGCGCGCCAGCGUGUCCACCAAGGUCCGCGAUGCCUCUGCCUCGGUCGGUGUGGCAUGCGCCCUCAAAUACAUCAAGAUUGGUGUGGCGGACCGCUCCCUCACCAUUAGCUACUACCGCCCCUAUGCUGCCAACGACACCACCGUCCCCGACAACGUCUACAAGUUCACUCCCGCUGUUCCCGAGUACGGCCAGGUGGAGCAGGACUUCAUCCUGUACCCGCAGUAUUCCAACGGCUCCACCUUCAUCUACCCGGUCAAGAACCUGCCUACCCUGACCGCCCCCUACCUGAACAGCUGGUACAAGAAGGGCUCUCCCGAGUUUGAGGCGGAGACGCAGGAGCUCCUCAAGUACGGCGGAGUGGUGUCGGAGCGCACAGCCUACCAAAACGACACCGCCAAGUUCUGGCUGGGCGCCGUGGGCUCGGGCGGCGGCGGCUCGUCUGGUCUGACUGGUAUGGUCCAGAACAUCUCCAUCACCAUCCUGCCCUCCAGCUACUCGGUGUACGACCAGGCUAAGUUCUUCGCCAAGCUGGGCGCCGCAUUCUACGAUGGCACCGUCACCGUGUGGUAUGUAAAGUACCACGCGCUCCGCUGGCGCCCCAUCACCGCCCUGCGGAAGUACUACAACCCCAACUGGGCGCCCUACCUGGCCACGCCGCAGCACCCGGAGUACCCCUCCGCCCACCAGGGCAUCUUUGGCGGCGGCUGGGGUGUGCUGGAGCGCGCCGUGGGAGCCGCCAAGCUCGGCAACGUGACCUUCACCGUCCGCACCGACUGGCCCGGCCUCCCGGACCGCACCUACACCAACCUGGCCGACGCCGCCGCCGAGUGCCUGGACAGCCGGGUGUACUCCGGUGCCCACUGGCGCAAGGCCGCCUCGGACGCGUUCGACCUGGGUUUCGCUGUGUCAGGUUACAUCUACGACAACCUGGACAAGAUCCUGUACGGCGCCCAGGAUGCGCCCAAGUGGUAAAACCGCCAAGCACCAACCGCCAACCGCCAACUGCCUGCUUCAAUCUCUCAACCCAUUUGGAGCAUUGUCGCUCUUGGGGAACUGGAUGGGCGACUGGCGAGGCGUGUGCAACCUGCCUGCUGCCUGGUGCGCGGACAGAUUAAAGAACAUAGAUGAGACCAUGAUGAGCGAUUAAGAAGAAAGUAACCCGAGAAAUCGGACCCGGAUCGGGAUCGGGAUGCACAAAGCAUGACGUGUUUUUCACUGCUUGCACAUACGGCGGGAUGAGAGCGUGAGAUAUGGCCCGCGUGCAGCCGCGCGCGUGCGUGCGUGCGUGCAGGUGUAGGGCCACAUGGGUAUAUACGCCAUGCGUGAUGCUAAAAAGGAUUGUGUCAGGCUCGUCUCGAGCUUGUGGGGUUACUUCAUGCAUAUCAUUGCGCAUGCAUCGGACGCGGGAGGCCUCCUGCAGCAGGGUGCGUCGUUUGCAGGGGGUUAAAGUGUGUUCAUUGUGUUGCUUGGGUCAUCUGGAUGAAAAGGGGGGCGUCGUUUGGGCGCGCGGCAGCAGCGCCCUGUGGUUAGGCUGCGGUGGGAAAGCGGAGAGGGUUGCUCCGCCAAGGCGGUCUUGGCCGUUUGGGGUGGCAUGUAAAACGAGGCACGGGGC